AACUGCCGCUGCGACGGGCGCUGGGCAUUGAGGCUUAAUGCUGCAGGCUCAGCGCUCAUCUGUUUUUUUUUUGGUUAUUGCGAUGCGCCGAAAUUGUCCAGAAAGCUUAUUAGAGUAGCAUUGUAAUGCAACGACAGACAUUUAUAUAACCCACUGCUUACCCCCCCGAAUAAUUAACCGACUCUCAUCACUCUCACUCAUUUCAUUUCUUACGCUCUUUUUUUUAUUAUUAACAUAACUAGUGCAACAUGCCGUCCCUCAAAGCCAUCUCGGCCUCGCUUGUAGGCCUGCUGAGCCUUGGUAGCGCCAGCGUCAUCCCCCCUGUCAACAGCGAGGGGUACUUGGUUGCCUCGACCUACUUUGCGGGGUUCCACGCCAAUAGGGGAUUUCCUGUCUCGGCUAUGCCCUGGGACAAGUACACUGAUGUGAAGUAUGCUUUUGCUGAGACUUCGCCUGAUGGAUCCCUCAAUGUUUCUGGUUCGCAGCCUGAGAACAUUCCUUGCUUUGUCAAGGAUGCCAAGAAGCACAACGUCAAGCCUCUCAUCUCGAUUGGUGGCUGGACUGGAAGCCGACACUUCUCUACCAACAUCGGCGAUGCCAAGAACCGCACUAUCUUUAUCAAGAACAUUGUCAACUUUGUUGAGAAGUAUGGCUUUGAAGGCUUCGACAUUGACUGGGAGUACCCCAACCGCCUGGGUCUCGGAUGUAACGAUAUCAACGAGAACGACACCGCCAACCUCCUCGAAUUCUUCAAGGAGGUUCGCAAGGACCCCAAGGGCAAGAACUAUUACAUCACUGCCGCUGGAUCUGUCUUCCCCUGGAACGGCAAGGAUGGUACAGCCUCCAAGGAUGUCAGUGGCUUUGCCGAUGUCCUCAACUACAUCAUGCUCAUGAACUACGACUACUAUGGCGCCUGGUCCGCCGUCGCCGGCCCCGACUCUCCUCUCUACCGCAAAUGCGAUCCCCGCAACGACCAGGGCGCCGCCGAGGACUCCGUCACCCAAUGGACCGGCGCCGGCAUGCCCGCCUCGCAGCUCGUCCUCGGCGCUCCCAACUACGGCCACGGCUUCAAGGUCAACAGCACCUCCGCCUUUGGCAAGAGCAAGAACCACAAGCUCCAGCUGUACCCCGCCCAGAACUCUACCGACCGCUUCCAGGGAAGCAGCUGGGACAACGAUCCUCUCAUCGAUGCUUGCGGUAACCCCAACCCUCCUGGAGGCACCUAUCCUUUCUGGAGCUUGAUCAAGGAGGCUCACUUCCUCGAUGCCAAGGGAAACCCUGCCUCUGGUAUUGCUUCUGGUUGGGAUAACUGCAGUAAGACACCUGUUCUUUAUGAUGCCAAGCGUGAGAUCUACGUUAGCUACGACAACGCUGCUUCUUUCUACGACAAGGGCAAGUUUGUUCUCAAGCACAAGCUCGCUGGAUUCGGUACUUACGAGGCCGGUGGCGACUACAACAACAUCCUCAUCGACUCUAUCCGAUCUGCUGUUGGUCUGCACUAAGCUGCAGAUCAAUGAGCCUUGUGCUUGGAACUGUGGAUUUUAGACUGACGGAUUGGCUUUGCUGGUCUUGUUAACACAUGCUUAGAGAAUCUCCUGGCUUAAUGAAACUUUUCACUUCUUGUAAACCAAUCUAUUGAAUAUGAAUGCUUUGAUAACUAUAAAAUGUUGAAGUAGAUAAAAACCAUCGAUCAACAUGCGCGUUGUGAACAAAAUGAAAAGAAAAUGCUUUCUGCUCGCU